AUGUCAUCUUCAACCGAAUCCAAAAUCGCCAUGGCCAAAACAGUCGUUUCCACCAUCGGUUCCGUCGCCGCAGCGGCAAUGGUGGUUCGCAGCGUCAGCCGCGAUUACUUGCCUUCUGAAUUCCAAGAUUACCUCUAUUUUGGCUUCCGAAGUUUCAUCAACAAGUUCUCCACACAGUUAACCAUGGUUAUCUACGAAUUCGAGGGGUUUCAAGAAAACGAAAUUUACAUCGCCACAGAGCUUUACCUCGCCGCCCGGAUUUCUCCCCAGAUCCACCGUAUGAAGAUCACCAAACACACCAGCGAGAAAAACAUCACCGUUGCCAUGGAAACCAACGAAGAGGUUACCGAUGUUUACAAUGGAGUCAAGUUCAAGUGGUGUUUGCUGUCUAAUAAGGCGCCGACGAGAGAAUAUUAUCCUAACGAUGGUAUGAUCGGAACUUCCCGAUCCGAUAUUCGAAUGCUAGAACUCACAUUUCAUCGGAAACACAAGGAUCUCGCGUUGAACGAAUACCUUCCGUUUAUACUUAAUGAUUCGAAAACGAUGAAACAAGAAGUGAAAAGCGUGAAGCUAUUCACUGUCGAUCCGAUGAUGAUGCAUUCAAACUCUCCAACAAUGUGGGCGCCGGUGAAUCUAGAUCAUCCGUCGACCUUUGCCACGCUGGCAAUGGAUACAGAUGUUAAGGAGAAGGUGAUGAAAGAUUUAGACAGGUUUAGUGAUGUUGCAGAUUCAUUAAGGUAG